GGCAGGUUAUCCGCGCGUUUCUUGAGGCGUGUCGUCGCGUGCCGAUUUAGAGUAAAGCCUAUCGCACAUGAAAUGCAUAAUAGAGCAUGAGCAUAACAUACAACUGUUGGACCAAUGUUUUGGGCUUAAUAUUUUAAAUUUUAAGGGCCCUGUGGGCCUAUGCGAAAUGUUGUUCAUCAUCUACCGCGGCGUUUCGUCCCGGCCCCCACUAGACCUGUCAGCAAGGCAUCGUAGAUCGUAGUGGAAGCCUGCCUCAGACGCAUGGAGGAAUCUUAGAUCGAGGUUCUGUAUGAAAAGAUUUCGCGUGUCUCGAAUACAUGCGAGAAUUGGCGCAAGACUCUUCCUUGGACCUCUGGUGGCGGGUCGCCACAAACUCCAUCGAGAUCUCAUCAUGACGCCGCAACUGGUGCGGGAGAAGCACGUUAAAUAUUUCCAAAGGUUACUACACAUCAUGCCCAGCAGCAUGAAAGAUUUCGACUGUACCAGACCAAUGAUCGCGUACUUCGCAUUCUCUGGUCUGGAUCUGUUAAACUCGCUGGAUGAGAUCGAUGAACAGUCCAAGUCUCAGGCGAUCGACUGGAUUUACAGACUCCAGGUUGAAGGAGCUGGCCCGCGUUCUGGCUUUCAAACAUCUACAACGGUACCGAAGGAUGUACCCGAGCAUCAAUAUGGCCAUUUAGCGAUGACCUACACUAGCUUGGUAACUCUUUUGAUUCUUGAUGACGAUCUCAGUAGAGUUGAUAAACAAUCUAUCAUCGAGGGGGUCCGAGCCUGUCAGAAUCCUGACGGAUCUUUCACGGCCAUGGUCACGGGAUGUGAGAGCGACAUGAGAUUCCUGUAUUGUGCCUCGUGUGUUUCUGCAAUUUUAGAUAAUUGGUCAGGUGUAGAUAUCCCAAGGGCUAUUGAUUACAUUUUACGAAGCAUUUCGUACGAUGGUGGAAUUGGACAAGGACCAGGUCUCGAAUCUCAUGGAGGCUCCACGUUUUGUGCUGUGGCGAGUUUGUUUCUGAUGAGAGAACAUAUUAACAUAUUGGAAAUAUUGACACGGGAUCGUCUAGCUCGGUUAAAGCGUUGGUGCCUUAUGCGACAGGAUGGUGGAUUUAAUGGAAGGCCUGGAAAACCGUCCGAUACAUGUUACAGUUUCUGGGUUGGUGCUACGCUCGAGCUGCUGGAGUUCCUCAAUUAUUCAGACGCUGAACAAAACAAAACAUUUAUCCUUAAAACACAAGACACACUCGUCGGAGGAUUGGCCAAAUUUGACAAUACUCGGACGGAUCCUUUACAUACAUAUUUAGGUUUGUGUGGCUUAAGUCUUUUAAGACAGCCUGGUUUGUGUUCGAUAAACCCCGAACUUAAUAUUUCUCAACGAGCUUACGAGCAUCUACAACGGAUUCAUAAAAAGUGGCGGAGUGAAUGACUUUGGUGUAUAAACAUUCGAGGGACUAGUAAUCAUAUCAGAAAUGCACAGUACUUAUUAUGUCAGGUCUCGUUCGCAUUUCAUCGCAUUCUCUGUGCUAAAAUUCGCAUUCUAAAAAUGUCAAUUAAUAC